AUGGGAAAAUCAUCCAAGGAUAAAAGAGAUAUUUAUUAUAGAUUAGCUAAGGAACAAGGGUGGCGAGCUAGGAGUGCAUUCAAGUUAUUACAAAUCGAUGAAGAAUUUAACAUUUUUGAAGGCGUCCAACGAGCAGUGGAUUUAUGUGCGGCACCUGGAAGUUGGUCGCAAGUUUUGAAAAAGAAGCUAGAAGG